UCUCCCUUUGUGGUAGAGCACUCCUCCAAACGGAGACGUACACCGAUCCCAAUAGGUGGAACUCCGGUGAAAUCUUCGUCUUCCCAUGUGGUAUCAUACUUGCCCCUUUACUUACUUGCUUUACUUCAUUGUCUAUAUUUUGCUUCGGCUAGUGCUUCGGCUAUUGCACUUCAUACUAGGGUUGCAUUCCUUUUAGAGAAUUUAGUGAACCCUAGGAUUAAGUGUUUGUAUCUUUCAAGAAAAGAAAAUUAAAAGGUAAAAUUUGUUUGUCGCCUAUUCACUCCCCCCCCUCUAGUCGACCAUACCAAUCUUUCACCAUGGCGGUUUAUGGGUGCAGGCUAGCUAGGGUUUCGGGGGCGGUGUCGGAGUGGACAGUGGGGGUGGGGAAAUGGUACGAUGCGGUCCCCAUUUAAUAUGACCAAGACGGGGGUGGUUGGGUUGGGGGGGUAGUUGGGUUGCUAACCGGUGGGGCCAGGGAGAAGAUGGGUUUGACUAGGGUGGUCGGGGGCGGAUGCGGCGCCUCUCUAUGUGGACGCAAACCCUGCCUUAAUUUGGGUAGAGGGCCGCGUUGGAGUCGCCCUUAGGCCAUCUCGAGUAGGGUCCCCAAAAGUAGCCAUUUAGCUUGUUUCGAAUUUAUUUUCAACCCAAAAGCUGCCAUCAACGCUUUACUUGGUGUCCGACACAUAUAUGAAUUAUAGUGCUUUUUGGUUAUAUAUCUAGCGCCCCUAAAAUCAUAGUUCGAAUUGGAGAGCGUGACGCUUCCUCCUCUUUCUCUUUCUUUAAGCGUCUAUAUAAGCGUUCUUGCAUUUUAGAUGGCCUAGUUUUUUUAGGAGACGGUAAUGCCAGUAUAUUGCCAUUGCGGAGCAGAAUUCCAGGCCACCUUACUUUUCAAAAAUUGGAACUGGUUACUCUGUGGCAGCCAAAGCUUUGUCCAACCAAAUGAAGGGGUAUAAUGACAUCAGGUGAUACUCUCCGUUUCUUAAUUUCUGGCCUAGGACUAUCUUCCAGAAAACACCAAUAACUGCUACCCCACAAGCCUUUAUGAAACAUGAUUAUCUACAUUGCUGUCGGAGGGUGAAAAUGCGAUGCAGGUAUUGGCAAAUCUUGAUGAGUCAAAACCCAUAAGAGACCGUGGCAAAUGUAGGCUAAGGUGGCAAAUCAUUGCCUCUGUGUACUGCCCCCAGAAGGACCUACAAGGUGGAAGCAUCAUCACCACCAGCUCAUUCCGUUUAUAUUAGUAAGAAUAAUACAACAGGUUCUCUCAAAAGAAGAAGAAGAAGAAGAAGAAGAAGAAGAAGAAUACAACCGAGAUACCGUCAGACUUUGACUGUUUGAUAAAUUGGUUCAGAAAUGCCGGUAGUGGAUUGUAUUGACUUGGUCGAUGAUGAUGUUAUUGAUUUGAGCAGUGACGAAGAUAGUGUUGAAGAGGAUGGCACUGUUGUAGAGGAAAACUAUAGUGCUGCUCAGGCUAAAAAUGCAGCUGAAGCUGCAGCAUCCUUGUUGUCAAUUCCAGAACACGGUGCAACUGGUACAACAUCCUUGUCAAAGGAAGAACUAGAACAAAAUGCUACAACAUCCUUGUCAAUGGUAGAGCAAGGUUCCACCACAUCCUCAUUAAUGCCAGGAGAGACUAUGCAGCCUAAGAAAAAAUUAGAUUCUUGUAGCAAGUGAUGUCGCGGAAGAGGCUAUCCAUUGUGGGAGUCAUGAGCUUAUGGCAAUAGGUGAUCGUGUUGGAGAAGCUAUGCAGAAUAUUGUUUCAGCAAGUGAUUUUGAAUUUUGUCAGGGGGUGAGCCAGGAUAUUGUUGUUGUGCUCCCCUCUGCUAAGGACAGAGAGAAACAAGUGAAUGCCUCUGCUGCAGAGUGCAACAAGCAGUUGAGCAUUGUCCAUACUGAGGGAUUGCAGCCAAUGGUAAUGCAUGAUGAACAUAGUGGAUUAAGUACAAUGCAAAAUGCUGGGAAUGGUGAAGUUGUGACGUGCAAGUACCAAGGAUGCAGCAAGCCAUCCCAGGGAAACACAAUGCAUUUCGAGGCCCCCACCGGUGGUUCAGAGGGCUGCAUGGUUCAAGGCUGUACCAAGGGUGCACUUGAAGACACACCUCUAUGCAUUUCUCAUCAUUCAAUGUUGCGCAAAGUGUGCUGUGCAAUAACUGGAUGCACCAAUAUUGCAUGUACAAGCAGUGGAGGUCUCACAGACUGCUGCGUGAAGCACGGUGGUGGCAAGAGGUGUAAAUAUGAUAGUUGUGGAAAGGGUUGUGCUCAAGGGAGAACAGAUUUUUGCGUUGCCCAUGGUGGGGGAAGGCGAUGCAAGUUAGAAGGAUGUGGCAAGAGUGCGCCUUGGCGAAGUGAUUACUGUAUCGAGCAUGGCGGUGGACGCUGCGAGUUUCAAGGAUGUAGUGUGAGCGCAACACGUAGGACAUAUUUCUGCUCUAUGCACAGGAAGUUUUUGUUGAGUGCAAUCAGCAUCAGGUCCAAAGCGUCAGGCCGAGAAGGCAGAGCCAUGGAAAAGAAGAAACUCUUGUUCAGUGAUCGGAGGGAGGGCUCAAAAAAGGCAGAACACCAAUUGUUAUGUCGACACCACUAGGAGCUUCAGUGUUGAUGAGAAGGGAAGAGUUCCAGUUUCUCAGAACAAUAUGCUGAAAGCAAAGUGAGUAAAGAAAACUAUCAGCUUAUUUCUUGUUCAAGUUUCUUUCACUUUCCAUUCGCUGAAUUGUGUUGGCCAUGCCUGAAACAGUAGGCACUUUAUUUUGUUCUUUUGCUGAAUGUAAUCAGUAAGCAAACAGUUUAUUAUCACGAGCAAUCAGCAUCAGUCCUUAUGUUCAAUGGAUGAGAGAAAACAGAGUUAACACGACAAAAAUUGUGACCACUAGUCAAUUGAUACACAGUUGGUAUUUCCUAAAAAGUUGUCUUCCUUUUUUAUUAUUAUGUCUUUGUAAUCUUUUCGUACCUGAUUUUGUCUUCGUGAUCUAAUGAAAGUGUGCCGGCCAUAGCAGCUGAUAUAAAGGAAGUGCUCCUUAUAUGGGAGCAACCUGUGUCCUGUGGUUGUGGCAUUUCAGCUUUCCAUUCAUCCAUGUAGUAGUAACCUGUGGUUUGAACACCUGACAAGUUGGGAACUAAUUCUGUACAUGUAGCUAACAUCAAUGAGUCCGAGCGUAGAUGAACUUCCGAAAAUGUGAACAAGUAAGAUCGGUUGAGUAAAAGUAGCAACAAGAUCAGUCGAGUACAAGUAGCAACAACCUGCUUUGAAUUUGAUCAUCGUAACAUUGUAACAGCUGUUUGUGCUCACAUGUCUCUGAACAAGCAAACCACUUGCGAGACGAACUCCGAUCGGGAUGGCUCCACCGCGGAACAAUCACCGCCGCUACUGGUCCUGCCUCUCCGAUGGAGGAAUUGAGGUUCUGACGGAGGAGGCCUACACCUGACCGUUCUCCUUUCACCUUUUGUGGUUGCAAAAUUUCCUCGCGACAUAUAUGUAAAUAAAGCUUUUUUUUUUGUCAAGAUGGUAGAAGGAAGCUAGAUAUAGCCUCUGAACUGAGACAGAAAUUAGAAACUGAAUACUAGUAGUAACUGCUAAUGAUGCUACCUGUGGAGUGACUGGCUGAGAUAAUUUGAUUUCCAGAAAUGCCUGUUUUCUUCUUCUAAUAAUGAUCUGAAGAAGAAACAGAAAGAAACUUUAGGAAGUGAAA